GAGAAGGGAAGGAGGGAGGAGGGAGGGGACCUCCCUAUCUGGCUCUAUCUCCUCCGCUGCCUCUCACAUGCUCCGGGAGGGCGAUGCGGCUCCCCGCGUCCCGCUGAGCGAGGCCGCCUGCACCCCGCCGGGGCUGCCCGCAGGGCGGGGGGCUGCCCGCGCCCCUCGGCCUCCACCCCCCCUGCCACCCCCACUUCGACCUUUGGGGGCUUUUACUAUUUUAUUUCCUUUGGGUUUUAUUUUAUUUAGUUCUUCAUUUUUGUUUUAUUUACCCCUCCUGGAAAAAAAAAAUUACAAAAAAAAAAAAAGCCGCGGCUGCCCGCACCGACCCCCGCGGGGCUGGAGAGGCUGAUGCGGCCGCCAAGGGAGAGGAUAGUGGUUAAAGCUCGAGCUGGAUGGAUGGGUAUGGGGAGAGGGGCAGGAUCCACAGCCCUGGGACUUUUCCAAAUCCUCCCUGUCUUUCUCUGCAUCUUCCCUUCAGUGACAUCUCCAUGCAAGAUCCUCAAGUGCAACUCUGAGUUCUGGGCGGCCACGUCGGGCUCGCACCACCUGGGCGCGGAGGAGGCGCCGGAGUUCUGCACGGCGCUGCGGGCCUACGCGCACUGCACGCGCCGCACCGCCCGCACCUGCAGGGGAGACCUGGCCUACCACUCGGCCGUGCAUGGCAUAGACGACCUCAUGGUGCAGCACAACUGCUCCAAGGAUGGCCCCACGUCCCAGCCCCGCCUCCGGACAUUGCCCCCUGGGGACAGCCAGGAGCGCUCCGACAGCCCCGAGAUCUGCCACUACGAGAAGAGCUUUCACAAGCACUCGGCCGCCCCCAACUACACCCACUGCGGGCUCUUUGGGGACCCCCACCUCAGGACUUUCACGGACACUUUCCAGACCUGCAAGGUGCAGGGGGCUUGGCCGCUCAUAGACAAUAACUACCUGAACGUGCAGGUCACCAACACGCCGGUGCUGCCUGGCUCCUCGGCCACCGCCACCAGCAAGCUCACCAUCAUCUUCAAGAGCUUCCAGGAGUGUGUGGAUCAGAAAGUGUACCAGGCGGAGAUGGACGAGCUCCCCGCUGCCUUUGUCGACGGCUCCAAGAAUGGAGGGGACAAGCACGGAGCCAACAGCCUGAAGAUCACAGAGAAGGUGUCGGGCCAGCACAUCGAGAUCCAGGCCAAGUACAUCGGCACCACCAUCGUGGUGAGGCAGGUGGGGCGCUACCUCACCUUCGCCGUGCGCAUGCCGGAGGAGGUGGUCAACGCCGUGGAGGACCGGGACAGUCAGGGCCUCUACCUGUGCCUCCGUGGCUGUCCAGCCAACCAGCAGAUUGACUUCCAGACCAUGCGCUCGGCCCAGGCCACGGAGGGCCGUGCCCGUCGGAAGGGGCCCCCCCUGCCCGCCCCCCCCGAGGCCUUCACCUACGAAACGGCCACGGCCAAGUGCAGGGAGAAGCUGCCCGUGGAGGACCUCUACUUCCAGUCCUGUGUCUUUGACCUCCUCACCACGGGGGAUGUCAACUUCAUGCUGGCUGCUUACUAUGCCUUUGAGGAUGUGAAGAUGCUUCACUCCAACAAAGACAAGCUGCACCUCUAUGAAAGGACACGGGUCCUGGCCCCGGGCAACACGGCGCCCACGGGAACACUUCCCACCCUCUGGGUAGCACUGCUGUGUUUGUGUUGGUUGUGCUUGUUGUAG